AUGGCCAAGACCGACCAGAAGGCCUGCCUGAACCCUCCGAGCCCCUCGUCGAAGCCCCGCGGUGGUAGUGGUGUUGGUGUUAGUGUUGAUGUUGGCGCUGGCGGCGUCUUCGUCGAGGCCGGUCAACAGAGCCAGGACACGCCCGGGGGAGGGGCCGUUCCUUCGCCUGAGCAGCGGAACCCCGAACCCCAACCAGACUACAUCCUCACCCUUGCCUACAUCAUCCUCUAUCUCCAGGAUGGCGACGCCAUCACCAACGCCGAGACCCCCGUUAUGGACGCCUUCGCUCAGAGCAAGACCGGAUACUGCGAGCUCGAGGCCUCGUCUCUCGCCGUCGGCUUGCCCGAGGGCCUGAUGGGCAACUCGGAGGUCGGCCACCUGAACAUUGGCGCCGGCCGUGUCGUCUGGCAGGACGUUGUCCGCAUCGACCAGACUAUCAAAGAGGGCAAGCUCCCCGAGAACGACGUUAUCAAGAAGACCUUUGAGGGUGCCAAGAACGGCAACGGCAGACUGCACCUCUGCGGUCUCGUCUCCCACGGUGGUGUCCACUCCAAGCAGAUCCACCUCUACAACCUCCUCAAGGCUGCCAAGCAGUUCGGUGUGCCCAAGGUCUUCAUCCACUUCUUCGGUGAUGGUCGCGACGUCGACCCCAAGUCCGGCGCCGACUACAUGGAGGAGCUCGUCAAAACCGCCGGCGAGAUCGGCAUCGGUGAGAUCGCCACCGUCGUUGGCCGCUACUACGCCAUGGACCGUGACAAGAGAUGGGAGAGAGUCCAGAUUGCCCUCGAUGGCAUGAUCAACGGCAAGGGCGAGGAGAGCACCGACCCCGUCAAGACUGUUCGCGAGCGCUACGCCCGCGGCGGCGACAAGGACAAGGACGAGUUCCUGAGCCCUAUCAUCGUCGGCGGUGACGAGGGCCGCAUCAAGGACGACGACACCGUCUUCUUCUUCAACUACCGCUCCGACCGCGUCCGCCAGAUCACUCAGCUCCUCGGCGACGUCGACCGCUCCGUGCUCCCCGACUUCAACUACCCCAAGAUCAAGAACCUCGUCACCAUGACCCAGUACAAGGUCGACUACCCCUUCGAGAUCGCCUUCAAGCCCCAGCACAUGGGCAACGUCCUGGCCGAGUGGCUCGGCAAGCAGGGCGUUGAGCAGGUCCACAUCGCCGAGACGGAGAAGUACGCCCACGUCACUUUCUUCUUCAACGGCGGUGUCGAAAAGGUCUUUGCCCUGGAGACCCGUGACGAGAAGCAGGAUCUCGUCCCCUCCAACAAGUCCGUCGCCACCUACGACAAGGCCCCCGAGAUGUCGGCCGAUGGCGUCGCCGACCAGGUCGCCAAGCGCCUAGCCGAGCAAAAGUUCCCCUUCGUAAUGAACAACUUUGCGCCCCCCGACAUGGUUGGCCACACGGGCGUCUACGAGGCCGCCAUUGUCGGUGUUGAGGCUACCGACAAGGCCAUCGGCAAGAUCUACAACGCCUGCAAGGAGCAGGGCUACGUCCUCUUCAUCACCGCCGACCACGGCAACGCCGAAGAGAUGAAGUUCCCCGACGGCAAGCCCAAGACCUCCCACACCACCAACAAGGUGCCUUUCAUCAUGGCCAACGCCCCCGAGGGCUGGAGCCUGAAGAAGGACGGCGGCGUCCUCGGCGACGUCGCCCCUACCGUCCUCGCCGCCAUGGGCCUGCCCCAGCCUGAGGAGAUGACCGGCAACAACUUAUUGACCAAGGCAUGA